UUUGGUUGAGGUUUGGUUGAUAUUUGGGACUUUGGUUGGUGACUAAAUCAUUUUAGACAUCCUAUCAGUGGAAAACUGCAUCAAGCACUCUGACCUAUUUGCACUCCUUAAGUGUGAAUGCCUCAUUAGAUGCUCGCCAGCUGAGCUUUUAUCAGAUCUCCCCAUAAACAAAAAUAUGAUUUUAAAAUAAGUUCAACAAAACACUACUUCAAUUUAAGAGAAGUGUUUGCACUGGAUGAACCAGCCUUUAACCAUAUGUGAAAUGUGAAAUGCACUCUGUAAAUGCCAGUCGGGAAGUAAAGAUUUCUUGAUUUUGUUGAGAGCAGUGAUUUGAUUGACUAAUUUAACAGCAGAAUGGACUUUUUUUUCUUUUGCACAUUAUUUUAUUUGAAUCUUUGAAAUUAAUCUAACGGAAACAGAAAUUAAUUGUGGGCAGGUUCUGUUGAGCAUUAUGAUGUCACAUAAACUGACUAGUCAUCAGGCGCUUUUGGAACUUUUGUCAAUAAAAGAGGAGUUCCUACAGGAAUUUAUCCAUUUGAAGAGUUCGUCUCAGACAGAUUACUUCAAGAAAUUUCAUUGAGCUUCAGUUUUGCAAUCAUGCAAAGAUCAAGUGAACGUUUGUUAAGGAACGGCUACUACGAUAUAUAUGGACAACCAGUUAUUUCCUACAGGGAAACAGCAGUGAGGAGGAGGUACAUUACAGGUCGCCCUGUAAGCCCCCCUAGAAACCGCCCGGCGAACCGCCCGGCAUAUCGCCCGGCAAACCGCCCAGCAAACCGCCCGACAAAUGAGGAGAUAUCAUUAAGAGAGAGGCAUCAGACUCGUGCGGUGCAAAUUAUUAUGGACCGAGAAAACCAGAUGAUAGACUGUCUGAUAAACAUUCGCCAUAUCACCCGCUUAUUCUUUUUCACCUUCGUCACUUGUGGUAAAUACUCUCCCACAAACAGUCCGUUUGGAAGUGUUACAGAAAGUCUGUAUUUUGAAAUUCGUCUCACUGUUGUCUUCUGCUCAUGUUCAUCAGCUUGUCUUUGGUGGAUUAUUUGCCCACGACCGUCUAAGAUGUCUCUUACAACAACUAUGACAGACAUGGGUCCAAUCUCUGGAGUUGAGGAUCAGGGACAUCUCUCCAGGCUGCAGAUGUUGGAGAAAAAAAUUAACUACCUUCUACCAGAAGUAGACCUGUGGCCAAACUUUGCUCUCCACUCUCAAGGAGCAACGAUUUUGUACAAAAAAACGACAGAGUCAUGUGAAAGCCAUAUUGGAUGUAGAAUACUUGGAGUGCCUAUCAGGGCACCAGCUAUAGAUGCAGACAUUGUUAUUCAGGGAAGAACUCAUCUGCAUCCUGGACAAUGCUGGGCCUUUCCAGGCUUCCCGGGACGUUUGGCCAUCUCAUUGUCUCACACAGCCAUCAUCAGACAUGUGUCCCUGGGCCACAUUCGAAAGAUUGUGUCCCCAACGUCCUCUGUCUCCAGUGCUCCUAAAGAGUUUUCUGUCUUUGGAAAGAAGAAUUUAGAAGAUGAGGAAACUCAUUUGGGAACUUUCAUAUAUGACGAAAAUGGAGACCAAAUUCAGACCUUCAAACUUUCUGCUGAUAAAGUUGGCCCCUACGACCAUGUUACACUACAGGUGAACAGCAACUGGGGAGAAUCGGGCUACACCUGCCUCUACGACUUCAGAGUGCAUGGAGAUCUAGCCAAAGAAUGAGGUCAACAAGGAGGAAAGGGGUGUAAGAUAGGAAAGAGGAAAAAGUACAUGUUUUUCUUUAAUAUAUAUUUUUUGUAUAUGUUUUGGGAAUUAAUUAUAAAUCCUGAUUAAAACAGUUACACCACUCAUCUAUAAGUAGACAAUCAAAUGAAGAUGAAAAACAACACACACACACACACACAUCCAUGAAGGCUCUCAGACAGGUACCACAGGAACAGAAAACAUUUUCUUGUUGCCCCCCAUCUUGGUGCCUGCAUGUUGGGGUUUACUGCGGUGAGCAAGAGGGAAGUUCAGAGAACUCACCCUUUCUGGAGUCCUUGGAGGGUGUACUGGAGUGUACCCCUCAGGGAUUCCCUUGUUCUAGUGGAGAACUUCAACAAGGCAAUGGGCAAUGACAGUGAGACCUGGAGAGAUGUGGUUGGGAGGAAUGGUCCCGGAGAUCUAAACUCGUGAACUUCUGGGUUCUCUCCGGGUCCGCCAGCUUCUUCCCACAGACAUUAUAAAUUGGCAACAAUGGGUUCUCUCUGGGUGCGCCAGCUUCUUCCCAAAGACAUAAAAGUAGCAUGCAUGGGUUCUCUCUGGGUGCUUCGCCUUCCUCGCACAGACAUCAUAAAUUGGCAACAAUGGGUUCUCUCCGGGUCCGCCAGCCUCUUCCCACAGACAUCACAAAUUGGCAUGCAUGGGUUCUCUCCGGGUGCUCCGACUUCUUCCCGCACACAUAAAAGUAGCAUGUGUGGGUUCUCCCCGGGUCCGCCAGCUUCUUCCCACAGACAUCACAAAUUGGCAACAAUGGGUUCUCUCUGGGUCCGCCAGCUUCUUCCCACAGACAUCACAAAUUGGCAACAAUGGGUUCUCUCUGGGUGCGCCAGCUUCUUCCCAAAGACAUAAAAGUGGCAUGCAUGGGUUCUCUCUGGGUGCUUCGCUUUCCUCCCACAGACAUCAUAAAUUGGCACCAAUGGGUUCUCUCCGGGUCCGCCAGCUUCUUCCCACAGACAUUAUAAAUUGGCAUGCAUGGGUUCUCUCCGGGUGCUCCGGCUUCCUCCCGCAGACAUAAAAGUAGCAUGUGUGGGUUCUCUCCGGGUCCGCCAGCUUCUUCCCACAGACAUCACAAAUUGGCAUGCAUGGGUUCUCUCCGGGUGCUCCGGCUUCCUCCCGCAGACAUAAAAGUAGCAUGUGUGGGUUCUCUCCGGGUCCGCCAGCUUCUUCCCACAGACAUCAUAAAUUGGCAUGCAUGGGUUCUCUCCGGGUGCUUCGCCUUCCUCCCACAUCAAAAACACAAUUGUUAGGUUAAUUCUCCAUGUGUUACAUGGUCAUUUGUCCUGUGUCUCACUGCAUUGCCCUGGGAUGGUUUGGCAACCUGCACAAUUCCAUGUUCAGGUUCUCUUUUUUGCACCAUUUAAAAUGGAAACACUGACACUUUUACAUAACUGG